GUCACUAACGCAGCUCACCCCGUGGUAGGCUCCCGCUGCUUGUUAUCUUCUGUCAACAAGAUGGCUGUCGUUCCUGAGAGCAGAGUUCUAAGUUUUAGCGUGUUCAAAUGGAGCUCUUACUCCUCUACAUAUUUACCCGAGAAUAUCUUGGUGGACAAACCUAACGAUCAGUCUUCCAGGUGGUCUUCGGAGAGCAACUACCCUCCUCAGUUUUUAAUCUUGAAAAUGGAAAGGCCGGCUAUUGCUCAGAGCAUCACCUUUGGAAAGUAUGAAAAGACUCAUGUCUGCAACCUGAAGAAGUUUAAAGUCUUUGGUGGCAUGAGUGAAGAGAACAUGACAGAACUUUUGUCCAGUGGCCUUAAGAAUGACUACAACAAGGAAACCUUCACCUUAAAGUACAAGAUUGAUGAGCAGAUGUUUCCCUGCAGAUUUGUCAAAAUAGUUCCUCUGAUGUCCUGGGGUCCUAGUUUCAAUUUUAGCAUCUGGUACAUUGAGCUGCAUGGUGUUGAAGAUCCUGAUGUGGUGCAACCCUGUCUUAACUGGUAUAGCAAGUACAGAGAACAGGAAGCCAUUCGCCUUUGCCUCAAGCACUUCAGGCAGCAUAACUACACAGAAGCCUUUGAGUCGCUCCAGAAAAAAACUCGGAUAGCACUAGAGCACCCAAUGCUCACUCACUUACAUGACCGGCUGGUGCUACAAGGAGACUUUGAUGCCUGUGAGGAACUCAUUGACAAAGCUGUGAGAGAUGGCUUAUUUAAUCAGUAUAUCAGCCAGCAGGAGUACAAGCCGAGGUGGAGUCAGAUCAUUCCGAAAUGCAACAAAGGGACAAGUGUCCCAGAAAUCAACCGAGAUGAUAUGAGCGGUGAGAUCCACUAUUCAAGUGAGAAGUCUUCCCAAUCUAUCAAUCAAAUAUGUGACGGCGAUGACAACAGACCAGGAAUGAGGGGAGGACAUCAAAUGGUCAUUGACGUUCAGACUGAGACCGUGUACCUGUUUGGGGGCUGGGAUGGCACACAAGACCUGGCUGACUUCUGGGCUUACAGUGUUCAAGAGAACCAGUGGGCUUGCAUCUCCAGAGACACUGAGAAAGAGAAUGGGCCAAGUGCACGAUCCUGCCACAAGAUGUGCGUUGACUCUCAGCGGCGUCAAAUCUACACACUAGGCCGAUACCUGGACUCCAGCGUAAGGAACAGCAAGUCUUUGAAGAGCGACUUUUACUGCUAUGACAUUGAUGCAAACACCUGGACACUUCUCAGCGAGGACACGUCUGCUGACGGAGGGCCAAAGUUGGUGUUUGACCACCAGAUGUGCAUGGACUCAGAGAAGCACAUGAUCUACACAUUCGGUGGUCGGAUUCUGACAUGUAAUGGCAGUGUGGAGGACAGCCGGACAUCAGAACCUCAGUUCAGUGGCCUGUAUGCCUACCAUUGCCAGGCAGGAACAUGGAACCUCCUGCGGGAAGACUCGUGUAAUGCUGGGCCAGAAGAUAUCCAGUCCCGGAUUGGACAUUGCAUGCUCUUCCACACUAGAAACCGCUGUCUGUAUGUGUUCGGAGGUCAGAGGUCAAAGACUUACCUCAAUGAUUUCUUUAGCUAUGAUGUGGAUGGAGACCAUGUAGAGAUCAUAUCUGAUGGCACCAAGAAGGACUCGGGCAUGGUGCCAAUGACAGGCUUUACCCAGAGAGCCACCAUCGACCCUGACCUCAAUGAGAUCCAUGUUCUCUCUGGCCUCAGUAAAGACAAGGACAAACGUGAGGAGAAUGUUCGCAACUCUUUCUGGAUCUAUGACAUCGCCCGCAACAACUGGUCAUGUGUGUAUAAGAACGAUCAGGCAGUGAAAGAAAACCAGAGCAAGGCUGUGCAGGAGGAGGAGCCAUGUCCACGCUUUGCACAUCAGCUUGUAUAUGAUGAGAUGCACAAGGUGCAUUACCUGUUUGGUGGAAACCCUGGGAAGUCCUGUUCUCCUAAAAUGCGAUUGGACGACUUCUGGUCCCUCAAACUGUGUCGGCCUUCUAAGGAGUAUCUGCUCCGUCACUGCAAAUACCUCAUCAGGAAAUACAGGUUUGAGGAGAAAGCCCAGUCAGAGCCACUAACUGCACUGAAAUAUCUUCAAAAUGAUCUGUCGCUUACUGUGGACCACACAGACCCUGAUGAGACCAAAGAGUUUCAGCUCCUGCCCUCAGCUCUCUUCAAGUCUGGCUCUGACUUCAUCCCUCUGGGUUUCUCAGACGUGGACCAGACAUACGCUCAGCGGACUCAGCUCUUUGAUAUGCUUGUCAACUUUUUCCCGGAUAGUAUGACCCCACCAAAGGGCAACCUGGUAGACCUGAUCACCCUCUAACCCCUCCUGCCUCUGACAUCCCCCUCCGUACCCCAUCACAUCACCCACUGGACUGACUGAACCCAACCCAUGCACCUGAUGGGACAGAGGAAACACAGACCUGUUAUUUUUCUAUUCCUGAACUUAGCUUGUGGGAGUAAACUUGAUGUGGAUCAUCCCCACCUCUAACACACUGACUUGCUGCUGUCAGGCUGCAUUAAUGCUGGUGAUGGUUAUAAACACACACACACACAUUGUAUAAGCAGACUUCCACGAUAGUUUGAAGUUUGUUUUUCCCAGUUUUACUUGAAUAUUUCUGCAAUUUUUUUCCACAAGCCCAUCAUAACCAAACAAAGCCAAAACAGUUUUUGUCUGACUUGUUUUUUUGUUCCCAGAAAAGUUUUGACCAAAUAGGGUAUUUCCACUCAUUUGUUUUUAGUCGUGUUUCUUUGAAUGUUCCUCCUGAAAAGGAUAAUUCACAGAAAAAAAAUAAAAACUCAAUCAUUAUCUAGUCACCACGAGGUUGAUGGAAGGGUAGGUGAAGUUUUGAGUCCACAAAACACUUCUGGAGUUUCAGGGGGUAAACAGCAUUGCAGCCAAAUCCAAUACAAUUGUAGUUAAUGUUGACCACUUCUUCACAUAGAAAACAACAUAAAAGGCCUCCGUCCUGCUCCUGUGGUGUCAUCCAAAUAUCUGUUAGCCCCAACAUCAAACUUUUAAUCGAAAGGGCAUCAUUUAAACUGUUUUUGGCGUAAAUGUCCUUUGACAUCCUCCACUGGAGCCACAUUUGCACAAACACACACUGCACACAAGCUCUCUUCCAAGGUUGCCUAUGGUAGCAUCGCUAGUUCAGGUAGAAUUGAGACUUCCGGUAGCAAACAUUUUGUCACCACAUAACAAUAUGGGGACUUUUUGUGUUUUUUCUGUUGUUUUUUACAUUUGAUGAGGUCAGUCCACAGUUACUUAAAUUGUAUUGGAUUUUGCUGCAACACGGUUUAUCCCUGAAACUCCAAAAGUGUUUUGUGGUCUCUUAAUACCUUGGAUCAUGAGUCAAUUUGUAUUUUUCUGUGAACUAUACCUGUAGGCUUUAUGUGCUAAAGCAUAAGAUGAUUUAUGUUCAGGCCAGUUGUAAAGUCAAGAAGCCAGUUAAAUGCAAAUUCAUGGGUGUUUAAUUCAUUUUAAGACAGGACAGAAAUCAUUUAAUAGGAAAUAAUUGUAUUUAUUUAAUCUAACUUAAUGUCAGCUUUCAUUUUCAUGAUUUCUGUAACACAUGCCCCCAUUUAUAACAGAGAGACUGACGAGGUGCAACAAGGUAUUGUUUGAACAAAAUUGGACUGGUUCUAAGAGAUAAAGUUUAAUAUAUAUCAAAAUAUACAUUUAUAUUGGUUCUGGGUGUUUUCCUUGUAAAAUUUCUUUCCUCAGUCAUUCAUGGAAAGAAGCUCAACUAUUAGAUGUCUAAUGUUGUACAAAAUAUGUAAAUAUACAUGUAAGAUUAUUUUCAAAGAUUCUUGGAUUGUACAGAUCCUAUGCUGGUUCAUGCUCUUCCUUGUCCCUCUUUAUCAUAAACUGCGUCUGCAUACAGUUA